AUGGCGUCUGAUUCAGAAAAGAAAGCUAGCGUGAGAGAAGACCAGUUGCUCGCUAUGCGAGGUAUUGUAGCAGGCAGCGUGUUUUUGUUGCUGGUUGCUCUUGUAGCAGUCUACGGUCCCAUACCAAGACCUCAUCUGCCAAGUUUGGAAGACAAACUAGUUUUCACGCUUCAGUGGCAAGCUGUUUCUGCUUUUGCUCUUAUUGCAGGUAAGGAUGUUUAACUUUUGAAAUUGGUAACUUAGCUAUUGCAGAUAUCUGAUGACUACGUUUUCAAUUCAUUCGUGAGUGUACGUUUCUUGCUUUUUUUUGUUGUUUGUUUUUGUGUUUUGUUUUGUUUUAUUAAUUUCAUGACUGAAGCAACGUGAGUGCGUGCAUGUACAGGUAGAAGUGUAUACCUGUAUAAUGAGCGUCCUCAACAUCGUUUCUUCGCGCGCAUACUGCCGGACAAUUUGCAAUGUCCUUAGUCCUUAUCACCAUUUCCCCUUUGUUCAUCGUAUAAUUAUGUUUCGAACCUAUUUUGUUCGGGUGAAACUCAGUAAUGCCGGGGUUGUCGCCCAGACUCAGAGAUUGCGUGACACAUGGCAUAUUUUAUUGUACAGGCAUGUAGCUGUAGUCAUAACCAACAACUCCAUGAAUUUGUGUUUUCGAUAUUAAUUUCUUGUUGAAGAGUUCAAUUUCGAAGUCAUUUUCAAAAAUAUCUUCUUUAAUGGUCUUUAUGAUGAUGUGCUGUAGUUCAUUUGCAGUGCAUUGGACAAGUUGAAAGCUUGAAUGUUCAAUUCAGUGCAUAUGUAACAUCGUGGUUUAUUUGAAUCUAACUACAGGUCUGGUGUGGGUAGAAGCAACCCGAGCACUUACAACAGCAAUUAAUCCUCUGGACAAAGACGCAGAGAAACAGAAUCUCAGUGGGGUAGCUCCCCGUUACGCAUCCAACACACUAGAGCAGUAUCUACUGAGUUCUGGAGCAUCACUCAUUCUGUCAACUCACCUGUCAUCUGAAAACAUGCAUGUUAUUCCAGUGCUGGUGAUUCUCUUCAUGUUUGGUCGCCUCACGUUCGCUCUCGGCUACAAAUACUAUCAUGCUCAUCGGGCAUUUGGACAUAUGAUCACAGCCUUCCCGACUGUUUGUGUUUACGUGUAUUGUGUCUACCGCCUGGUCAUGAAUAACUUUGGUUACAAUAGAAACAGGCAGGUUUGA